CUUAGGGCACACAGCAAAAUGGAGGAGGAUGCGGUGGUGGUCGAAGACGUGGGUGAGGAGGAGGAAGAGGAGGAGGAAGAGGAUGCUCGCGAAUGGGACGAGCAGGUGCGCAUGAAUGGGGGUGCCGUGGAGGAGGAGCUGCUCUCACCCGCCAUGUCCCUGCCCUUCCCGGUGUCGAGGCUGCGGCGGCUGAUCAAGAGCGAGAACGAUAUAGCCAUGGUGGGCAUGGAAGCCAUUGUGGUGAUUGCCAAAGCCGCGGAGCUCUUCCUGGAGCAGUUCGUGGAGGAUGCAUUCAAGGGCAUGGCCGGGGAGGACAGAUCCACCCUCGUGUACAAGGACCUGUCUUCCGCGGUGUCGUCCAUGGACAAACUCGAGUUCUUGGCGGACUUCGUCCCGGACAAGGUGCCGGCUUCCAGGGCUCUCGCGGAAGCACCCUUUCAGAUAUCUUGAUUGUCGAGAAAUAUAUUAGGUCAUGCCAUUCCUUCCCAAUGGGCUCGGGCUCGAGGUGGGCGGAGCGGCUGCUCGAGAGUGGCGCGCUGAGCGAGUCGGGCAGGCCGUUGUUGGGGCCCGGAGAGGUGGAAUGCCAGCUGCUGGAUGGAGUGGACAUUGAAGUGGUGGACAGCGGGGUGGAGGGCGAUCCACUUAGGUCUGGCCUCCUCAUCCUCACCAAUGCCCGGAUGUUUUGGGUGCACCAGCACUCCCGAUCCGCCUUCUUCCUGCCCUUGUCCUCGGUGUCGCGGAUCUCGGCUCCCCGAAAGGGCCUCAAGUCCGUCUUCUCUUCCACCCUGCGCCUCAGGGUCUAUGUGUGGACUUGUGCCAACGGCAAGCUGUGCCUCCAGGGAGCUGCUGCAGCGCACAGCUCCGUCACGCUCCUCCUUUCCUUCCGGGGCCACGCCAGCAGCUUCGACAACCUGGUGUCGCAGCUUGGAGCGGUGUUGCAGUCGAGGGCAUGGGAAACUCUUCCCGCGGCCGCCGUCAACCCCUCCACAGCAUCCGCGUCCACGCCCUCGUCCCACUGGAAUCCAUCCCGAGCUGGAGUGUCUGGCAUUUUGAGAAAGGAGCAGGAGCAGUGGGAACAAACAGAUAAAAACCUGCAAGAGGCCUUCCACGAUCUCAACGCGCUCAUGGGAAAAGCGAAGGAGAUGGUACUACUUGCUGAUAAGAUGCGUGCCCGGCUCUUGACAGAAGGCUCGGCAUCGGGAUCACAGCAGGAGCUCCACGACUUGCUGCUGAGCGUUGGCAUCGCAUCGCCAGUUACCAAAGAAUCAGCGGGUGCACUCUACCACCAACAGCUUUCGCGACAGUUGGCCGACUUUGUGGGGAGCCCUCUGCAAAGCGCGGGAGGGAUGCUGGCUCUAGUUGAUGUCUACUGCUUGUUCAACCGCGCGAGGGGAACAGAGCUUAUAUCUCCCGAGGAUUUGCUCCAGGCAUGUGACCUGUGGGACAGACUCGACGUGCCCGUGAUGCUGCGCCGCUUCGACAGUGGAGCCCUCGCCAUACAAAUCAAGUCCAAGAGCGAUGACGAGGUGGUGGCGAGGAUCAUGCGUCUCGUGGGUGACUUGCGCACUGGCGUUGGUGCGAGGGAAGCGGCAAAGUGCCUGGGUGUUGCUCCAGCUCUUGCCAAGGAGCACCUCUUCUCUGCAGAGGCUCGAGGCUUCUUGUGCCGAGACGACGGUCCCGACGGUCUCAGGUUCUACACCAAUUUUUUCAAGGACGCUCAAUUUCCAUAAAAAUAGUGUCUUCGUCCCA